AUAAGCAAUACAGAACAGACCACAUCUGAAUUGGUGACAUGGGAAAGUGGCAGGAAAUGACAAAAGAGGAGCUGGAAACUCAGUACUCCCCUAGCAAGUGGUCUCCACGGCUGGUCAAGGAUGUGAUUGAGGCUCAUAUACAGGCAACUAGUGAUGCUACUCGCCAUGUCCAGGCUGCUACUCAGACUCUGCUGAAUGUCCCUUAUGGGCUUGGAGAAGGAGAGAAACUUGAUGUGUAUCUUCCUAAAGAGCCCUCUCAAACCUUUCCUCUGGUCCUCUACAUUCAUGGUGGCUACUGGCAAUUGCUGAGCAAAGAGGUUUCAGGCUUUGCUGCAUGGCCUCUAGUGACCCAUGGCAUUGCCUUGGCUGCUGUAGACUAUGAUGUGGCUCCCAAAGGCCAGCUGGAGGAGAUGGUCAGGCAGGUGCGACGUAGUGUGGCCUUUGCAGCUCAGCAAUAUACAGGGAGCAGCGGGUUUUAUUUGCUUGGACAUUCAGCAGGAGCUCUUGUGGCAGCCAUGGUGCUUUCCACAGAUUGGACAGAGUUUGGUGUUGUGCCAAACAUCAAAGGAGCAUUUCUGGUGAGUGGUGUGUACGACCUGGAGCCUAUAAUACACACCUAUGUCAAUGAUGCACUGCACAUAAACUGGUGAGAUGCCCAGUCAAACAGUCCUUUGCGGUGUGCCCCUAAGUUGGAGGGCAGGCAGGGUUGCCCUGUACUAAUUGCUGUAGCACAACAUGACUCUCCUGAAUUCCACAGACAGUCCUGGGAGUACUUUGAGCCUCUGGACAAGUGGCCUCGCUUGUCACAGGAUCGGCAUACGAUGUCCUUCGCCCAGCAUCGAUCCCGCUCGUGA